GGAUGGAGAGCGGGAGAGGGUUGAGAUAGAGAGGGAAAGAGAGAGGGUGGAGAGAGAGACACAAGGAGGUUUUGUGAGUCUGGAUGUAUGCAGUAACUUGGUGGGACUGGGGGGGAAUGACAGUGGUACUGGGAUGACUCCCCACCAACACAGAGAAACUGGAGAGAACAAAACCGACAAUCACAACAACCCUCCAACCCACAACCCACCCAAAAUCCUGCCUGUCUCUGGCAAACUAGAGCAGAACAACUCGGGGCUGGUUCGUCCCUCUGCCUUCAAACCAGUGGUUCCCAAGAGCUUUCAUUCCAUGCAGAACCUCCUUGGCCCAACCAGUGGGGGUGGAUGUGAGGGUAGGGGUGCAGGGGGGCAGAGAGAAGGAGGAGCAGGGGGAGGAGAACUAGUGGCAGUUCCAGAGGCCCUCCUCCUAGACCAGGACAGCCCAGAGAUGGGCAGAUGCCUGGCAGAGGGAGCAGGAGGGGGUAAGGGUAACAGAGGGGUCCAUGGAGGGAUGUCAGCUUCGGGUAGGAACUCCCUAACCAGCCUGCCCACAUAUGCAGGCUCUGGUUUGUGCUAUGGGCCUCAAGAGGCCCUGGGGUCUCUCAGUGCUUCUACCAGCAAUAUCAACAGACUAGGGACCACAGCUGGAGCUGCAGUGGCUCGGGAAAAGCUGGAGCAACCAGGCUACCAGAACGGGCUGAGUGCCUCGUACAGUGACCGCUCCUCUUUAGUAAAGAGCUCCUCGUCCUAUCAGCAGCUGAACCACCUGGGGGACACCCCAGCACCCCAACGUCCCACUCCUUCCUCUGAUGAUGUCAUCCAAGACCUGGAGAACCGGCUCUGGGAGAAGGAGCAAGAGGUGCAGCACAUGUGUCGUAACUUGGAGCAGAGCGAGGCCGCCAUCGUCCAGGUGUUUGAGGAGAAGCAGCGUGUGUGGGAGAGACAGAUGGAUGAGCUGGGGCAGAACUACGCCUCUCGUCUGCAGCAGGUGACCCGUCGUGCCCAGCGAUCCCAGAAUGCCCUGCAGGCCCAGAUCACCCGUCUGUCGCAGGACAAGCGACGUCUGCAGGAGGAGAUGGCUGCCCUGCUGGCCCAGAGAGAGGAUCUGGAGAGGAAGUGUCUGCACUUCAGGAUGGAACAGACUGACAUACUGCCACGCCUGGAUGAGACCAAGUGGGAGGUGUGUCAGAAGGCAGGGGAGAUCUCCCUGCUGAAGCAGCAGCUAAGGGAGAGCCAGGUGGAGCUGACCCAGCGGGCGGGGGAGAUGGUGGCCCUCAGGGGCCAGCUGAAGGAGGCCAAUUCCCAGCUUAGGGACCGGGAGGAGGCCAUGCUGGGCCUCAAGAACUCAUAUAGCUCCAAGAGCUUGGAGCUGGAGAGCUGCCAGGGAGAGCUGAGGAGGACGCUGACCGAGGUGUCUAUCCUGAGGGAGAAGCUGGGUGUGUUUGAGGCUGAGGUGCUGGGUCUUCAACAAGCUCUGUGGGAGAUGGGCGGAGGGGUUGAUCCUGCCAUAACCCAAACCCUAGGAGCUGUGGGGCUACUCCCACCCUGGGGGGCUCUCUACUGCCCCCGCACUCCCCCAGAGCCCUCGUCCACCCCUCUCACCCCCACCUCAGAUGCCCUGCUCAGCCUCCAGAGUGACGAGGCAAAAGCCCAGAGGCAAGAGGUGCAGAGAAAAGAGAGGCAGCAGCGUGAAGAGGCCCAUUGGCAUGACAUGCAACAGCGCCAGGAGGCCCACCAGCGCCUGAAAGCCCAUCUAUAUCAGGAGGCUCAUCUCCACCAGAAAGCCCAACUGCGCAAGGAAGCUCGACUUCAUCAGGGGGCCCACUUGUGUCAGGAAGCCCACUUCCAACAGGAAGCCCAGCAUAAGUGCCAAGAGACCCAGGUGGAAUCAGGGAACCUGCGUGAGCAGCUGGAUCAGCUCCAGGGGACCUUACGUCUAGAACGUCAACAGAGAGAGCGCCAGGCCUUUAGUUUCGACCAGGAACGAGACAGCUGGAUUGACGAGAAGGAGCAUGUGCUGAAAUACCAGGCACAGCUUCAGGUCAGCUAUGUGGAGACUCUACAGAAGAACCAGGCUCUGGAGCAACAGGUGGGACAGCUGGGGUCCAAACCCACCCCCACCCCCUCAUCCUCCAGCUCCCCUCCCCCACCACCGGGCCUGUCAACCUUCCCUCCAAUGCCCUCAGUCCCUCUCCCUGCUCCCCUUGCCCUAACCCUCUCCCCACCACCUUGUGAGGACAUGAAAGGUUCCCCUUCCCUCCUCCAACUGCCCACCCCCUGGGCCGGACCCUCACGUCUAGAGAGGAUAGAGUCCACUGAGAUUUAGAGAGGCUCCAUUUUAUUUAAUAUCAACUUGAUUACAAACUACACAAUUGGAUAGACUACAAGACAGAUUAAACUACAACGCAGAACUGCACAAUAUAUAGUGAAAACAACCAAUGCAAACUGAACAGCAGAGAACCAUAGUUUAGACUAUGAACACAAACUAUAAAGAGCAUAGAACUACAAAAAAACAUAAACUGAACUGCUACACUGUAGAAUGCAAUAUAAACUAUCAUUGACAUGGUUUAGGUUAAAUAUUGAAAUUCUUUGCCUUUAAUGUAAAGUAUCCAGGCAGUCUUGGUGGGAAGCAGUGACACUUAAAGGGAAGCAAGGAUGGCACCAAAAGUUUCAAGACAAUAACAUUGUAGCUUGAUAACGUUAUUCCUCUGGAAGGUUUAGUGCCAACCUGGAGGGUAGUUUGCCAAAUUGCAUGUCUAUGGUAAUGAGACAUGAGGUCAGGAGAUAAGAAAAUCAUAUUUUAAGGAGAUUUUAGAUGAUAAUCAAGAGUGAUGUUUUGGAGAAUGUGCUUGUCUUUGGCAUUUCUGGGGUGAUGAUACUCUCAGGUGUGUGCGGGGAUGUUUUUGGAGACAGUGGUUAAAAUUGGGGAUGAAGACUCACAAGUAUUUUUUAAUAUGAGGAAAUUAGGAAAAUAGUGGUAAAGUUGAUUGGUAGUUGGUUGGUUCCGUUUCAGAAAAUAUCCUCAAAUGGCUUGAGAUUAAAUGUAAUUGACUCUGAAUGGUUCUUAGUGUGGGGCAAUUGGAGAGCCUGGCUCUCUGACACUGCAAAACGUCUGCGGUACCUAAAGAUGAACACAAGGGGUCAGCAUUAAGUUGUGGCAGGGCUAGAGCCCAACUGAUUGUAUAGGUCCACUGAUAUUAUCUGCCAAUAGUGGCCUUUUAACACUAUAUUGGUAUCGUCCGAUAACUCCAACGAUAACCGAUAUUCAAGAAAUAGUGUGAAAGAAAAGGGAAUCUAAUGCAUAUCUGUACACUUGCAGCCAUUCUCAUGGUGUGUCAUUAUUGUCACAAUGUAUGAAAUCAACAUUUGAAGCAUAGUUAUUAGACAAUUUUGGAUGGCUAUUUAGGAGAAUUCAGUGUGGAAAAAUUACACUUUUUCAUAUUGUAUCGGUAUGUUUUGCGGCCCCAAGCUCUUGACAGGGCUCCCCACCAGCAGAGAAAAUGACUUGAAAAUGACUUUAUUCCAUGGUCUGGGAACGAGACAAAGCAGCACGCUGGCUUUACUCUGAUAUUGUUGUUAUUUAUACUUUCAGAUAAUGCUUUUAUGACCAAAAGUGGGAUGAGAAAGUGACAAUAGUGAGCAGAAAGAGAAAGGACAGAGGUCAAACUGCCUUCACAUGUAAAGAUAGACGAGUGAGAGUACUGUCUCCAGGCCUUUUAAAUCAGCAAGGCUGGGUGCACAUUUUUCAAAGUGGGAUUCAGCUCAUAGAGUUAGAGAGCCACACAAAGAAAGACAUUGCCUUCCCUAGAUAUGGUUCAGCUUUACUGCACUAUGUCCUGCUGAGGAGGUCAGACAGAAUGUGGACAUGUUUAUUCCAGUAUAUCAAGAUAGUAAGACACUACCUGUGAAUAUUUUUUUUAAGAUAAUUGUGACUAUUAUCAUCGUUAUUAUUCUUGUGAAUCGGCAGAGUGUUACAAGCUUUUCUUUAUUGUUUUUUUUUACUGUAUAUAUGAAUGCUAUAUGACUCUACUACAUGGUACAACCACAUCAACCAUCUCCAAAGGAAUUGUUUGUUGACUUUUAAUGUUGUUGAUAUCAGUGUAAUUAAUAUAUUGUUUUAGAGAGCGAAUUGUUAUUUACAUUUUUUAUAUUUAUGUUACUGUAAUGGCUUGACAAAAGUCUUUCCUGGCUAAAUCAAACUGAAUCAAUAAAGAUGCAAGUAAAUCAA